CGGAAGUGUCAGCUUUCUGUCUCCAUUCACGGUCUGAGAAGACAAAAUGGCUUUGAGAGCUGCAUUGAGAAACAGGGGCGGUGUGUCAGGUCUUCUCUCCCAGCUGUCCUCCUGCAGCAGUCAUGCCAGAGUGUGUGUGUCCCCCGUCCUUGUCACUCAGCAGAGGAACAACUCCACCUCACCCAAGAUCAAAGUGGAUUUUGACCAAAGCACAGGUGUGGCGAUCAUGCACAUGCAGAGUCCUCCUGUCAACAGCCUCAGUUUAGAUUUCCUCACAGAGUUCUGCAUCAAUGUGGAGAAGCUGGAGAUGGAUAAGAGCUGCCGAGGCCUGAUCAUCACCUCGAGCCAGCCCAAAGUGUUCUCAGCCGGACUGGACAUUAUGGAGAUGUAUGGGAAGAGUCCAGAGCGCUGUGGAGAGUUCUGGAAAGCUGUUCAGGAGAUGUGGCUGAAACUCUAUAGCUCCAACAUGGUCACCAUCGCUGCAAUCAGUGGUUCCAGUCCUGCAGGAGGCUGCCUGAUGUCUUUGACAUGUGACUACAGGAUAAUGGCAGACAACCCUCGUUACAGCAUCGGCCUUAAUGAGACACAGCUCGGCAUCGUGGCACCUUUCUGGUUUAAGGACACUAUGGCAAACACAGUGGGCCAUCGCACCACGGAGAUCGCCCUGGAGCUGGGACUGCUCUACAACCCGUCAGAGGCCCUCAAGAUAGGACUGGUGGACCAGCUGGUACCUGAAGACCAGGUCCUCACCACAGCCACACAGACCAUGACCAAGUGGUUGGCUAUUCCAGACCACGCCAGACAGAUCACCAAGUCCAUGAUGAGGAAGCCGACCAUCGACAAGCUAACGUCCAACAGAGAGGCUGACAUCCAAAACUUUGUCAGUUUCAUCACCAAAGAUUCCAUUCAGAAGUCGCUCCGCAUGUAUCUGGAGAUGCUCAAGAAGAGAAAAAGCUAGAGGAGAGAGGGGAGCAUUUAAAAUGUGACACACAUACACACAUUAGAGGGACUUUAUGACACUAGUUGAAAACACAUGUGUGCAUCCUAAAAUCCAGCUCUCAGCGGCCCAUCUUCAUAACAGUGUACAACCAGCAGGGAACCAUGUGUACCAUAACACCGUGUGAUCCUCUGACUCCAGGCAGUAACCUAGCCAGCUCAGGGGAGACACACCCAGGACUGACGCUAUUGAUUCAAUGACAAAUAGUUUUUUUGUUUUUUUUUUAUUCAACUUUUUAAGUAGUUUAGUUAAAAAGUAGCAUCAAGAAAUUUAAAUUUAGUUUUCAUUUUUUUGGGGUAAUUCUUUAAAUUGACUGAAGGCUAUAGUAUCAACUAUCACUGGCUGAUUUUCCACUCAAAAUCUGUAGUACGGCGGUAGAGCAUUAUAAUUAAACAUGUAACUAUACGUGUUAUUGCUUCUUUACAUACAUACAUCUCAGACUCAGGUCUCAGACUUUUGGCCUCCUGUGCCUUGCUACAGUCAUGAAGUUAUGCUUGGAUACUGUUUGGGGACACGUUUAGCUAAGCGGUAAUUAUUGUGACAGACAGGUCUUCACUAUUUAAAGUAUCUAGCCUUAUUGUACCUUCAAGAGCCGUAACAACUAAUGAAAGUUUGCCGACAGUGGGCAAAGCCUUUGUCAUCUCUUUAACAGAUUUCUCUACAUUAAUGUGACUUUUGCAUUCUGACAAUUGCUUGUGAAUAAAUGGGUGAAUUCAUGUGGUCAGUGGAUUCACUGGUGUGAUCUAA